CACUCAACAGUAGUAAACCAACAACCGGUGUCGACUGAUGAUUCGCAAAGCUUAGCGGAGAAAAGCAGCGCUACGCUUCUUAAUUUUUUUGUUGUGUUUACUAAUUAAAAAUCAUAUUCUAAUACUGCAACCGCAAUAUAUAAAUACAUAUGUAUAUAAUUUGCAAAAAAUUUAAUAAAUCAGAAGAGAAUACACGCAUAAGAAAAUUCGCAAGUUAUAACAACAACAAUAGCAAUAAUAACAAAAAAUAACAACAUAAAUAAAAAAUAAAAAUAUUGAAAAAAGUCAAAGAGACAAGUGUACCGCUGGCAGAGUAGCGUAAAAAACGGUAUUAAAAACGGCACUAAAUAUUACAGUACGUCGUUUUUGCGUGUAUAAACAAAUUUUAAUUAUUAUUUCAAAAAGAUCAUGUAAGUCCAAUCCAGCAAACGGACAUCUUCGACCGCGAAUGUCACUCAUAGGGAAGCCGCUGACCUACAAUCGCGGCACACGCCGUGACGCCCGUUAUAGGCGGUUACAAAGUCGUGUAUAUAAUUUUUUAGAGCGACCGCGCGGCCUGCCUGCAGUUUUGUAUCACAUCAUGGUGUUUUUUAUGGUAUUCACUUGCUUAGCUUUAAGCGUCUUCUCCACGAUCGAAGAGUACGAGAAAGAUGCAAUUUAUAUACUAUUUCGUAUGGAGAUAUUAGUAGUAAUAUGGUUUUCGAUGGAGUUCUGUUUCAGACUGUGGUCAUCCGGCUGCCGUUCACGUUAUCAAGGAUGUGUGGGACGUCUGAAAUUCGUGAAACGACCCUUUUGUAUUAUAGAUAUUAUAACAAUAGCCGCCUCGUCGGUGGUGUUGGGCAUGGGCACCUCGGGUCAGGUGUUCGCAACAAGUGCACUUCGGGGGCUGCGCUUCUUUCAAAUACUGCGCAUGGUGCGCAUGGAUCGUCGUGGCGGCACGUGGAAGUUGCUGGGCAGCGUCGUUUACGCACACAGACAGGAACUCAUAACGACAAUGUACAUAGGUUUCUUAGGACUAAUAUUUGCAUCAUUCCUCGUUUAUUUAAUGGAAAAGGAUGUCAAUAAAAAAUUUAGUAACUUCGCACAGGCGUUAUGGUGGGGUGUAAUCACUCUGUGUACAGUGGGCUAUGGUGAUAUGGUGCCCGAAACGUGGCAGGGCAAAUUAAUUGCGUCCUUCUGCGCGUUAUUGGGCAUUUCGUUCUUUGCAUUGCCAGCGGGCAUUCUUGGCAGCGGUUUCGCCUUGAAAGUGCAGCAGCAGCAACGGCAAAAGCACAUGAUACGGCGACGGCAGCCGGCCGCCACGCUCAUACAGGCCGUUUGGCGUUGUUACGCCGCGGACGAACAUUCAAUAUCGAUCGCCACCUGGAAAGUACACGAAGUGCCUUUACCAAGUCCGCCCACCUCUUCUGAAUAUUGGGAUAGAUUAUUUAAGAAUUUAAGUGAAUAUAGACGAGCUUCAUCUAGCUUUAAGCACAAUGCCUCAUUCGUAACGCGUCUCCCAACCAUAAGGCGGCACCGCAGCCAGAAUAUGCCACCGCGCGAGCUAAACACCAUUAUACCGCAAGGCCCGUCAAAGAUCACCAAAUACACGCGUACAAUGCGAGAGAUUAAUACAUCUGUGGAGAAUUUGGAAAUAAUACAAAAUGGCAAAACUUUAGAUCCCUGUUUUAGUGAAGAUUCGGUGGUAGAAACAAGUGUUUUGAAAAAGAAUUCCGAUGCAAAUCCCAAACCUCGACUAAUCGAUUAUCAGCAGAAGUUCAGCUCUAUUUCUCUUGGAAGUUUUUGUAGGAAUACAACAACGGACAACAACAAGCAACAACCACAACAAACGACGCAAACGCACGCCAAAACACCAUGUGCCACAACAACACAACAAAAACCAAAUUCCUUCAGGAAUCUCUGUUCGUCAGUCCUCAGUAAUAAUAAAGUCUCAAGCGUGCAACCGCUACCGCCGAAUAAGAACGAAAUAGUGGCGAAUAAUGCGAGCAAUAGCCCCUCUCCAGUACCUGUGAUACUUUGCGGCUUCAUGCAGGGCGACUUCUUCGGUUCGAAUUUUUCACUGCCUCAAACAUCGACCUGCGACGAGACGCGUGAUAGUGAACUUUACAAUCGGGCGCAAUACCUCGAGCCACGCCUACUGGCCAGCGUGCAUGACAAGCGCGGCAAUAGCGUGCGUGAGGGACGAUGUCGCUUCGGUGGUUUGACCAUUGGUGGCAGCGGCGGCGGUGUCGAAGGUGUUGCACGUAGGCGUGCUGGAUGCACAGAGAAUGAAGACGAGGAGCCGCGAUAUACGCAAUUGACGAGCCAACAUAAGACGGCCAUACGAUUCAUCAGAAAGCUGAAAUACUUUGUGGCUCGGCGCAAAUUCAAAGAAGCUCUCAAGCCGUAUGACGUUAAAGAUGUGAUGGAACAAUAUGCAGCAGGUCACGUGGACCUGCUAAGUCGGGUCAAAAAUGUACAUGCAAGACUCGACCAAAUCCUUGGCAAGCAAGGAUCAAAAUCAAAAGAUGUUUACGCUUCUAAAAUUAGUUUAGCUUCGCGAGUAGUCAAAGUAGAGCGACAGGUCGCUGAUAUUGAAGAAAAAUUAGAUGUACUUAUUAAAGCUUAUAUGGAGGAUCGUGAACGCUUCUUAGCACUUCCAUUGUCUACACAGCCUGUAGUUAAACAUUCCAAUAAUAACAAUGAAGAUCACUCGAAACGGGGCGAUUGGGCAGCGGUCAAUAAUAAACCUAGUAAUAGUAAUAAUACUAAUAGUACACAUGCGACAAUCAGUGCUAGAAGAGAUUUCUUCUCGGCGACGAAAAUCGGGGUCAGGGAUGACAAUAAGGUUUCCGAUGGGCGUGCGUUUGCGCCAUCCUUCGAUUUGGCGUCGGUUAGUCCUUUUAAACUAUAUAGUGAUAAUGCCAUAUCCGAAAUAGAAAAUCCAAAAAAACGUGUAACUCUAAGAUCCGCCUCCAAUCCUUGUGAUAGAGGAAUUUAUAAAGAAGAUAAUUUUGCUAUAACGAUACCUGGUCUAAAUGAACCCUUAAGUAGUAGCCUAAAACCGAAUUUACGAAAGGAAAACUCAAUUAUACUCAUCGAUGAGGUUGAAGACUUCGAAGAGGAGGAUCUUAAUUGCGAAGGCGAAAUGGAUCAUUACCCCUCAUGGGAGAUCGACAGUGAUGCCGGUGCUAAUGUUGAUCUCGACUGCGAAGUGGCGGCAGAAGAUACCGCUCUGCUGCAACAAAGAUCUCAUACGAAAAUUAUUAUUACUUCCGUUACGCCUGUAAGCUCAGCAAAUAAUCUCACAGACUUAGAUAAUGAAUCCGCGGACACGCCUACAAAAUCAUCAUUACUUUUCCCGCAAUCUGGUUAAAUAGUAGAAAUUAAAUUUAUUUAUUUUUUUUGUUUAUUCCAUUUGUGUUCAGAUUUAAGUAAAAACAAUUUUUUAACUAAAACAAAAGAAAAUUUAGAAAAGUUAAUAAAGUAAAUUUUAAAACUCA